UUAACAUAUUUUUAAAUAAAUGUUAACAAACUAUGAGGUGAUACACAAAUGUGUUUGUUCCUGUGUUCCACAGAACACUGAGAAGCUGGAGCUGAUGGAGAAGGCUGUUCAUGCUCACAGGUCCUACACCAACAUGGCCAUUAAUGGUCAGGCCAUAGACCGACACCUCCUGGGUCUGAGGAUGCAGGCCGUGGAGGAAAAACUGACUGUGCCUGAAAUCUUCAAAGACGCAGCCUAUGCUAAGGCUCUGCACUACCAGCUGUCAACUAGUCAGGUUCGAGUAAAGCUAUAAAGCUGCAGCACAGAUUCAACCUUGUGUUUAGACAAAGAUGGAGUGUUG